AUGAAUCCCACUGUGGACGAGCUGGAGAAGAAGGAGGAAGAGCUGUUUCGGACGGGCCCCCUGUCAGUUCUCACCACUAGCGUGAAGACCAACUCCCAGGUGCUGAUCAACUGCAGAAAUAACCGCAAGCUCCUGGGACGCGUGAAGGCCUUCGACAGGCACUGCAACAUGAUUCUUGAGAAUGUCAAGGAGUUCUGGACAGAGGUACCAAAGAAGGGCAAGGGCUCUGCUGGCAGCAAGCCGAUCAAUAAGGACCGCUUCAUCUCCAAGAUGUUCCUGCGCGGCGACUCUGUCAUCAUGGUCCUUCGCAACCCCAAGUAG